CAGAUUACAGUUGGUGCUUACUCAACACGUGGGUCAUUAUUUCCUGGAAUGGAAACAGUACCCAGUACUUCGAUAACUAACAAUUUGUUGCUCAAUUUCAAGAUCGUAUUGUUAGGCGAAGGUGCUGUGGGCAAAACUUCAUUGAUGUUACGCUAUAUAGAAAACAGAUUCAAUCCACAACAUGUAUCAACAUUACAGGCUUCAUUUUUGUGCAAAAAACUCCAUGUCGAUGGUCAGACAGUGGAGUUGAAUAUAUGGGAUACAGCCGGACAGGAAAAAUUCCAUGCACUCGGUCCUAUAUAUUACAGAGAUAGUCAUGGUGCUCUUUUGAUUUAUGAUAUCACCGAUACCCAUUCCUUUGAAAAGGUAAAAAUGUGGGUAAAGGAACUGAAACGUAUGUUAGGUGAUGACGUUUAUUUGAUGAUUAUUGGAAACAAACUAGAUUUAGAACGAAAUCGGAAUGUAGAUAUUAAUGAAGCUAUCGGAUACGCGAAGUUGAUCGGUGCGAAACAUUUUGAAACUUCAGCUAAAGAUAACAUUGGUGUAACACAAGUUUUUGAUUACCUCGUAAAAGGUUUAGUCGAAAGAACGAGACAUUCGCAGUUGUGGAACACGAAUGUAGUGUCGCAUUAUAGUGCAUCGCGAAGGAAUGACUUAUUGAUUAUUGAUGAUCCACCUCCUGUCAAAAAGUCUUGUUGUUCUGGCUAGCAAUUCUCAUUAGGCACUUAGUUCUGUAACUAUUUUUAACUCAUAUUUAUAUUUUCUUCAAGACAGUGCAUGCUAUUUAUUUAUUAUGUGGAUAUUAUUUUCGGACAUUGUUAUUAGUUUGGCUUUUAAAAGUUCGCAAGUCUCAAAAUUUGGUUUAAACUGUAAUGAGGAAUUAAUGAGUAGCAG